AUGGCGGGAUGCUGGACCUGUCGUCUGCGGAGGAAGAAAUGCGACGCGCAGAGGCCCACCUGCAAUGUUUGCCGCCUGCUGUUAAUUCCCUGUUAUGGAUAUGGGCCCAAACCCGGGUGGAAGGACGGCGGACCACGAGAGAAGGAGAUGGUGGCAGAGAUUCGCAGCGGAGUCAAGGCAACAACGGACAGUCUACGCCGCGCACGCGCCCUCCAUGCCUUGCGACAAAAACACCCUCUGACGGCAACGGAUGGCACGCCCAAGCUGCUAGCAAGUCUUGAAGGGGUGACACCAACGUGGCGUCCGACGCGUUCGGAUGAGCAACUCCUGGACGAGUAUUUCGACCAUGUUUUCCCCCUCCAGUUUCCCUUUUAUGUGGCUUCUCUUCCUGAAAGGGGCCACGGCUGGCUCCGUUCUCUGAUGGUGAGAUGUGAACCCCUGUGCUAUGCAGCACUUGCCCUGGUUCUCGUCUAUCGCGAUCCGAGCUCGCACCGUCCCGACACCAUCCGUGGGCGGCCGCGCGAAAAUGAACAGCAACGGCUCUAUGGUCUAGCCGUAACUGGCUUGCGGCAACACAUUGACCGCUUAAGCGAGAAAAGUGUCCAAGAAAGCCUGCGGGAUGGGAUUGAAGUGUUCGCUUGUGUCGUCUAUUUGAUCAUGCUCGAAAACUCGAGGGGCCGACUUGAUGCCUGGCAGAAGCACAUGAUUGCAUCUCCAGGCAUGUUUCCCUAUCUGCAAGCUUAUUGCCUGGCUUUCCCAUACCACCGUCUUUCUGCUUUGUAUGACGAAGGCGAGCAGAUCGAAGAAGCAAUCAGUCAGGCAAGCUCCACUGACUCCUCCCUUGCCCUUGUGGAUCAUGUGGCCGUAGAAUUCUUCAGUGCUGUUUUCCUCUGGUUCGAUACCUUGGCCACUGUCUCGACAGGCUGCAAACCUCAAUUUGCCGACAUCUGCGCAGCCGCCUUUGGCUCCUCGGACAGCAAGGUGCGACUACGGAAAAUCAUGGGUUGCGAGAACUGGGUGAUGGUCAUCAUUCGGGACAUCGCAGUGCUUGAUGGAUAUAGGAGGGGAGGACAGGAAGGACAACUUCGGAGAGGCGAGGACGUUUGCCAGAAAUAUAUUGAGCUCAAGGAGCGUCUACAACUGGGUCUCGCUGAACCCUGGGAGAGCUACCUCUCACUUUUGGCAAGGGGACCCACAGACAGAGCAGCAGAGACUUGGCUGGUCCAGGCUACUCCCAUCGUCACUCAUGUCUUCGCCUGUGCAGCUCUGGUUUACCUGACAGUCGUUCUGUCUGGUCCUAAUCCCUAUCUUCCUGAGAUUCGGGACGCCGUUUCCAGAUCGCUGAAAAUAUUCAGUGUCCUACCCGAUGUUCGGUUGCUGCAUGCCAUGCUCUGGCCUUUUUGCGUUACCGGAUGCAUGGCACUCAAAGACCAAGAGUCUUUGUUUGAGGAUUUGGCGGUGAAGGCUGGCACCUUGACUCAAGGACCUGGUGUUUGGUUGAGGGCUCUUCAGGUGAUGAAGACAUGCUGGCAGAUCCGGAGUGAGGGGAUCCAGGAUGACCCUUCCGCCGAUUGGUAUACUGCCAUGUCGACAUUAGGCUCCCGGGUGCUUCUUUGUCGAAACGCAAAGUCCCAGACAAUCGAGUCUUGCAGUCAGUGUCUGAGGGCGGGUCUGAAAUGCACUUACGAAGAGAAGCCUGCAAAACGUGGCCGGCGGCGACGAGGACACGCCCACGAGAGCACCCUUCCCUACUCUGGAAGUCUGAUUAGGUUGAACUCUCCAACCUCUCGAACAUCUGAACUCUCGCCUACGGCACCAUCUGGAAACCUUACAGAGCACGAGUUCGAGUUUGACGGUCUCGCCCAGGGCAUCGCACCUGAUGGAGACUGUGAGAGAUUUAAUGCUGAUGGUCAAAACUACCCGUUUGAGUCUCAGACUUCUGACUCGGGCACGAUUGCUGUCAACGACGACCCAUGUAUGAUACAAGAUGUGUUACUCCCAGAGGAUGAACUAUACAGGGGCGACGACAUCUGGAACGCUAUCGACGAGUUUUUUGACACCCUGUAUGUUGUGUUCCCGAUCCUGUCAUACGCAAGCCUUGCUUCACGUCUGAUCAUCGAACCCGCAUGGCGUGCCAUUCCUGAAUUCCGCACGCUACUCUUGUCCAUUCGGGCAGUGAACGCAGCAGGGCAAUUUCGCAUGGCUCCAUCAGAUACGGCACAUCUUUCGGAGCUCAUUACCCAAGUUGAGAAGUCACGCUUGGAAUACGACUUUGCCGACCCUCCAACUCUCGAUAGUGUGGUUGUCUCUUUGUUUCUUUUCACCGCCAACAAUGUCCUCGAAAAACACAACCGCGCAUUCCUGUACCUGGACGAGGCGCUGUCUCUCCUGGAGGUGGUGGGCGUUGCCGACGAAGAAGAGCGGCACCGAAAGGCACAAAUUGAGCAGGUGCUCUUCAACACAGAAGCUGCGACCAUGGCAAUCUACGCGAACCAAGGUCGACGGCGGCGGGCUCGCAGACCACGGGAAGUCGUGGACCUACCACUGAGGGCAUCCCACACCCUUAGCGCCCUUGAUGAAUCCGACAGAGUUGCUCUGCACUUAUUGAGACGCCUUACUGAAAUACAUCUCGCCGAAAACGCAGAAGCGUUUGACGAAAUCGACAUUGAGUCUGAGGCUGACAUGGCAACGCUGUUCGGGGCAGUGUUCAAACGCCAUCGGUACUCCCGUAUACAAGCAGCUGACGUGGUUGUCACGCGGCAAUGGCAACUUUCAACAAAGCUCGUUGCCAACCUCAAAAUGGGCAUCGGCAUCUCUCCGAGAUUACAGAAAUCGGUCGAGGCCCUGGGUCUUGCAGCCAUGUCUUGGAUUUGCUUACUGGGAGAAGGCGAACUACGAAUCGUGGGUCUCGGGAAACUGUCUAGCCUUGCGCAGAACAUCCGCGUCCUGGCAGGGAGAAGCCAGUGUCAAUACAUUCUAGGUGGCCUCGCUGGCGCUGUCAUCAAGGAGGAUCAUGAGAAGAUCUUUGCACCUCAACUCGCAGAGGUGGUCAUGCCUCUGAUCUCGACAGUACCUGCAUCGCUCAAUACCCGGCCGCCCUACGAAUAUCAGAGCCUGGAGUCUCAGGCACGGACAGCGAUACAAGUUGAGCCUAUGAGUGGUCGCGUCUUCGAGACCAAUAGCAAUUCAUGGGAUCCUUCGACACCGAAUGAUGCCGAGCAGACUUAUGAUGGCAAUUCACUGGACCCUAUCGAUCGAUUUAUUGACCUCUCUUGA